GCCCACCCAAGAAGAGGCCGCGCACAGUCCCUCGCUCACGAAGUGGCGUCACUUCCGGCGUGUGCGUCUGGCGUGCGGCUGCCGCGGGAUGGCGGCUCUGAGGACCUGGGUGUCGCGGAGCGUAGCCUCCCUCUUCAGGUACAGACGGUGUGUUCCUGUCGUGGCUAACUUUAAGAAGCGCUGCUUCUCAGAAUUGAUAAGACCAUGGCACAAAACUGUGGCAGUUGGAUUUGGUGUGACCUUGUGUGCAGUUCCUAUUGCACAGAAAUCGGAGCCUCAUUCUCUUAGUAAUGAUGCAUUAAUGAGGAGAGCUGUGUCUUUGGUAACAGAUAGCACCUCCACCUUUCUCUCUCAGACCACAUAUGCAUUUAUUGAAGCAAUCACUGAAUAUACGAAGGCCGUUUAUACCUUAAUUUCUUUGUACCGACAAUAUACAAGUUUACUUGGGAAAAUGAAUUCGCAGGAGGAAGAUGAAGUGUGGCAGGUGAUCAUAGGAGCCAGAGUUGAGAUGACUUCAAAACAACAAGAAUACUUGAAGUUGGAAACCACUUGGAUGACUGCACUUAGUCUUUCAGAGAUGGCGGCAGAAGCUGCAUACCAGACUGGAGCAGAUCAGGCCUCUAUAACUGCCAGGAAUCAUAUUCAGCUGGUGAAGUCCCAGGUGCAGGAGGUGCGCCAGCUCUCACAGAAAGCAGAAACCAAGUUGGCAGAAGCACAGACAGAGGAACUCCGGCAGAAGACGCGGGAGGAAGGGGAUGAGAGGCCCGAGCCGGAGCAGGAGGCCUACCUGCGCGAGGAUUGAGUGCCUCAGCCGCCGCCCCGUCUGCCGGCUCCGGCCCAGGAUGAGCAUGGCUUUCUCUGCACACAGAGGCGGCAGCAGGUCCUGCCCUGGCCCACUGGGCCAGAGGCCAUAGCUGUGAGUGCCUGACCCCUUUCCCUACGGACCUGGUUCUUAGCGUGCACCCUCUUUACCAUUUGACCCUCCCUCACUCACCACAGCUUCCCAACCGCCGGUCAUCUUUUUACCUCCCACCUAGAGCAUCUCAGCAGCCUGGCCAGAGAGAGGGGUCCUUUUUUUGUCAUGCCCACAAGUUCCGUAGCAGUUUAACCUGUUUGCAGUCGAAUUCACAUUUUUAAAUCUGAUUUAGUCUUUGCUCCCUCCAUAGGGAAGUGAGGUUUUUAGGGAAUGGGGAGCCUGUUGAUAAGAUUUCUUUUUAAGUAUUUCUAAUCCCUUCUGUGAUCUGGCGCCUUUGCCUGUAAGGACAGCAGAGGCCCAGGAGCCAAAAGUCCAUUUUUCUUAAGAAACUGAAUGCAGAGUGUUUACCUGGUGCUCAACAGGACAUAUUCCAACACAC